UGAACACUAGUUUCCAUCAUUCUAGUGGGUUUUGUUCUAACGUUUUCUAGUCUUUUUUAUUUUUCCAAAAACGUAUUUUCUUCCUCUCUUGGAAAAAAAAAAUUGUCCUUUUCAAAGAUGGCUCACAUGGCAUCUGAGAUUAUUGGGUUUGUUCUGGCAGUAUCAGGCUGGGUGCUGGUCAGCUCCACUCUACCCACCGACUAUUGGAAAGUGUCCAGUAUUGAUGGUACCGUUAUCACCACUGCAACCUUCUGGUCCAAUUUGUGGAAGACGUGUGUCACUGACUCCACCGGAGUGUCCAACUGUAAGGACUUCCCAUCCAUGCUUGCACUUGAAGGAUAUAUCCAAGCCUGCCGGGGUUUACUAAUCGCAGCAGUGAGUCUAGGAUUCUUUGGUUCAAUUUUUGCUCUCAUUGGCAUGAAAUGCACCAAGAUUGGAGGGUCAGACAAACAAAAAAUAAAAAUCACAGUUUUCUCCGGCAUACUGUACAUUUUGAGUGGUAUCUGUGCAAUGGCUGGCAUUUCUUUGUAUGCCCAUAAAAUAACAUCAGAAUUCUUUGAUCCAACAUUUUUGGAGCAAAAGUACGAGUUGGGAGCAGCCCUCUUCAUCGGAUGGGGUGGAUCUUCUCUCAAUGUCAUUGGAGGAUCCAUUCUCUGCUUUUCUCUUAAUGAAAACUUAAAAGACUCCAGGAUAAAUUAUUCUUAUAAUGGAGUCCCAUCAGUCAGGUCAGCACGUACACGUCAACCAGAUGCAAGCAACGGUCGCAAUGCACACAGGGAUCUUCCUAGACACUUCGAUAAGAAUGCUUACGUAUGACAGAAACAUUCCAAAUGAAGAAACAUCAUGUACGCUCCAAACAAAGUAUAUUCUUCCAAGGAUUCAGUUUCAGCUGCAAAGGACAAAACUUGAUGCAUGAACAUUUGGCAUCAUUGUCCUACACAUUCGCACACUGUCCCAGUCAGUCCACAAUGAACCGGGAACCAUAAAUUAAUUUACAACCCACAGAACCUAAACCAUGAAAAAGAAGGUGACAAGCCAUAAAACUAUAUCAGACAACAAAGAAUUAUGUAAAAGAAGCAUUGGAAAGCUUUCAUCUGGACGCUAAAAGCCACGUAGCUAUAGAUGUGUAUUAUCUCCCAUUUGUUGCGGCCAUCCUCAUGGCUGUCCCUAAUAAGUAAAAAUGCUUCC